UAUUCCUUGAACCAGUUGAAAUUAAUUAAAACUUUUAAAAAAAACUUAAACAUGUUAAUAUACACAAACUUCUUUUAAAAACCACCAAGCCAUGACCGCUUCUCUCACUCCCUCUCACCAUCACCGCAACCGCCGUUUCACCGCCGUCGCCAAUGCCGUCACUCUCCCGUUGACUUCUUUCUGCUAUUUUCACAGCUAUGUCUCACUCUUCCGCUUCCUCCGCCGUUAACAACUUAUUCUGCGAGGAAGACGCCGGUGAACUUGUCCAAUCUCAACUUGACACGUGGAUCUCCUCCCGUCCUCUUCAUCCGUUGGAUGAACAUACAUUUGAUUACCUCAUCGACUCUGAACCUCAGUUCUCUCCGCCCUCUGAUUAUCUCCUCCGUUACCAUCGCCGCUCCAUCGACGUCACCGCUCGGCAAGACUCCAUUAACUGGAUCCUCAAGGUGCGUGCAUAUUAUCAUUUCUCGCCGGUGACGGUGCUACUCUCCGUUAAUUACUUCGACCGGUUUCUGUCUUCUCAUUCUUUUCCGGGAAAUGGGUGGCCGUUACAGCUAUUAACAGUGGCGUGUUUGUCUUUAGCGGCGAAGAUGGAAGAGAUACACGUGCCUCUAUUAAUAGACUUUCAAAUACUUGAACCCGGAUUCGUAUUUGAACCCAAAACCAUUCAAAGAAUGGAGCUCCAUAUCAUGUCUAUGCUUAACUGGAAACUACGCUCGGUUACUCCUUUUGAUUAUCUGGACAUAUUCAUUUCAAAAUUAAAACCCGACGACUUCAAUCGGGUUUUCUCAGUUUCUUCGAAUCUCAUUCUUAAUACCACCCGUGUGAUUGAUUUCUUGGCUUUUCCACCGUCAACAAUAUCAGCGGCGGCGGUUUUGUGCGCUACCGGCGCCGAAGAGAGUUUUGAAAAACCGCAACCAUUCCCCGAGAAAAUUGAUAAAGAAAUGCUGAGAAGCUGUCACCAACUAAUGCAAGAGUAUUUAAUUGACACGUGUCCAUCAUCUCAAGAUUUAACGGCUGAGCCGCUAGUUGCGCCGCCGAGCCCAGUCGGAGUACUGGACGCAGCCGCUUGUGGAAGCUGCGACACGCGCUCUUCUUUUGUUAGCCAAGCUGAAGCUGAGCCACUAGCAAAGCGGCCUCGAUUCUCUACACCGGAUGUACAGCAACUGUAGACAAGACAGCCACUAGAAUGUCAUAUAAUAUUAUAAUGGAAAUUAUUUAUCUCUUUUUUGUUAGAGAGAGUAGAGGGCUCACCUUUUUCAUCCUUAAUUUCUACGCGUCGAUUAUAAACAAAAUGAACGGAGAGGAUGUGAGAUAGUUUUAAGGCCAAAGUGAUUUAAGGAUUUUGUUUGUAAUUUAUAUUAGAAAAAAUGAGUAAAUUUUUUAGUUAA